AAGAAAAUCUCUUGCUUAUGUACCAUAGCCGUUAUUCUUGCUGGCGGAACAGAGGUGGGUUUGCACAGUUUUGACUGUUGGCGCGGUUAGGAAACCAAGGAAACAAUAACUCCUAGAGCAACUGACAGAUUGGAAAUGUUGGACACAGUCCAAAUUCGGCGCAGAGGUGCCCAAGACUUCGAGGCAUAUUAUGAUUAUGCAUGCGCUAUGCAGGACUCAGUCCCAUUGCCAGCAGUCAAGGCAAACCUGAGUCAAGGGAUGCUUGACUUUAACGGGGACCGGCUCAAACUGACAGACUGGACACCCAUACUCAACUCUCUGACCAUCAAUAAACAGCUACAACAUGUUGCAGUCAGAAGCUGCUACCAAAGUGGUCUCGGCAUCGGAGAGCCAGAAAGGUACAGGGCUGGCAAUAGGAAGAAGAUUCCAGCCAUCCGCUCCAAGGAGAUGACGUUUAAACUGUGUAAAGCACUCAGGGAGUGUCUGACAGCUUCACCAAACCUCAAGACCCUCCAACUCCAUGGUCUUCCAUUUAGAGAGAGAGACCUUAUCACUCUUACCAAGGGUUUAGCCAAAAGUGUCUCUUUGGAAAAUCUCUCUUUGGCUCAUUGUCCUCUAGCAGACGAGGGGUUAGAAGCUAUCUGCCAGAGUGUGAAGUACUCUCCAUCUAUAAAGACAGUGGAUUUCACAGGCUGCAAUCUGACCUGGAGAGGAGCGGAGCAUAUGGCCAACAUCAUCAAGCAUCAGGCAAUGCGGAGGCACAGUGCAGCCUGGGCUGAAUCUCUGAGGUACAGGAGGCCUGAAUUCGAGGGCAUGGGAGGCCUCCGCCGGGUCACUCUCAACUGCAACACCCUGGUGGGAGACAGAGGGGCGGCCGCCCUCGCACAGGAACUGGCUGAGGACCUCUGGGUCAAAGCCUUGGAUCUGCAGAAGUGUGGUUUGUCCAACGAUGGGACACGGUCUCUGCUGGAGGCUCUAAAGUCCAACUCUACUCUCUGCGUCCUGGAUAUUAGGAGGAACCCCUUGGUGGACAACGACCUGAUGAAGUCCGUGAUCGAAAGAGUUCUCAUGAACGCUAAUGGUCAAUCCUCUCAGUACUCCUGGAUCAAGCCUCCAGCCCUCAAAGACUCACAGAAACCUCCAAUCCUUAAGAGAAGAAUACUGGGAAAUACAGCUAGAGGAAAAGCAACAUUUAGGAUAGGUCCUCGCAGGUUUGCCAGUAGGCGGAGUCCAGUUGUUUUCCAGCAGCCACACCCCUGCUCCAGCAGGUGUAUCCCAUGGCGCACUGCAGAACGUGCUGGACGACAGAGAGGACUUCCUCCAGGUAAUACAGUGGCAGAGCAGAGCUUUGAGGGCGCUGCCACUGUCAAGGUGACGAUGGAGACUGAGUCAGAGGAGGAGGGAGAGGAGGAAGCGGUUGAGACAAAAACUCUGUCACCAAUUAGUCUUCAUGAGAGGAUCACUGUCAGACAGUACAGACGUGUACAGGUGGAGCUGGAGGAGUGUCGGCUCAGACUAGCAGAGGAAAGGAGGGCCAGAGUGAAGGCAGACACUCGUCUCAUGGAGUAUGAGUUGGAGAACGCUCGGCUGCGCAGUAUCAACUUCUCCCUGUCGGAGGCACUGCAUGCUCCUGCUACUGGCCCCUCCAGUGUUCUGGAGGACGAUGCGGUUCUGGACAGCAUUGAGAGCUCCUUCGGCAAGUUCCACGCCUUCCUGGACCUGCUCAGGGAUGCUGGACUGGGCCAGUUGGCCUCCAUGGCAGGGAUUGACCAGUCCGACUUUGGCCCACCCCAGCUGUCCUCCAGUGUUGGACAGCCUCUUGUUGGGGCAGGGGACCAGGACACGGGAGAUAAGGUUGAUGCGGCACCUUCUGGAGGCGAUGGCCCCAAUACUCCGUCAGAGGGCCAGCCCAACGGAUGUACCCCCGGAGCUCCAGCCACCCUCAGAGGGUCAGAGGGUCACCCACAGGAAGUGCCCCCCGUCCCUGCUAGUGAGUUAGCCAGUGUGGCGAAAUCUGGUGGAGAGAUUCAGCAGAAGGAUCCCUCGCCCUCACAACGGGAGGGGCGACAGGUGUCAGGGACUGAGAACAGUAUCCAUGGCAACAGCUCCCAUGGAAAUGACUCAUAUGCCAAAGGCUCCCUUAGCAAUGACUCUCAGGGUAGCGGUUCCUAUGGCAAAGGUUCCCGUGGUCGUAAUUUCUCUCACCAAAGUUGCGGCAAAGGCUCACAUGGUUACAGUUUUAAUUACAGCAACUGCUCCUACAGCUCCAUCCACAGCAACAGCUUCCAUAGUAACAGCUCUGUAAGGUCCAGUCUGAGUGACAUGAGUGAGCAUUUGGAAUCUGUUGGGUCAUUGGGGUCAAAGGCUUCUGGAGAGGGCAGGGUAGGGUCAGGAGCUCAGAGGUGAAACUCUAUUCAGAGUUUGAGAUAUUGGAACAAAUCUGCUCUCUAGGGAACAUGGGUGGUGAGUCUGAUGAUGGGUUCUGAACCCACAACUCUGCACCUUGUUGAGUGUUUAAUUUUUAUUUAUUUUCAUGUUAUAUCUGUGUUUACCUUGUGCCAUUGGUGCCAAAUUGGAGUACUAUUAAAAGGUUAUUGUGCUAAUGAUGCCUAAUCCUAAAUGUGAUUUGAGCCUUUUGUUAGAUUAAUACUUUUUGGGCUUUUUAGUUAUUUAAAAAAAAAAAAUGACUUUUUUAUACUGUUUGUAAAUAUGUAUAUAUUUUCUACAAUAAACUUUGUUUAAAAAAGUUUAUAUA